UUCGCUGAAAUUCUCCAGCGAAUUCGUUCUUCUAAUUUUGUAAUUAACAGCGAUAAAGUGGCGGGGGCAUCGAAUAGCAAUGGGAAAGGGGGACGAGCAGCCGCCCCAGUUGACGUGGGAUCUCCUUUACUCGACUGGGAGGAAGGAGAUCAUUUCAGUUUUGAAGACUCUGAGCGGUUCGAAGAAGAUUCUCUGUGUAGUUGGAGUUCAGAACCUGAGAGUCUGUGCAACAAUUGGCGAGGAUGGAGACGACCCAAUCCUCAAAGUACUUUCGGUAUUCGAAUCACAAAAAAAACUAUUCAAGAAAAAACUGUAUCAAGCUUAAGUGAAUUAGCAGCAAAGUGUGUUGCAUCUCACAUCCCCUUUGAACUAGUUGAACAUGUCUAUCCACCUGUGCCUGAACAACUGCAACUGCAAAUUGCUUUCUGGAGUUUCCCUGAUAGUGAGGAUGAUAUACGCUUAUAUUCAUGUCUUGCAAAUGGAUCAGCAGAUGAAUUUCAGAGAGGUGAACAUUUAUUCAGGGAUAGAGCUGUUAAAGAUGUCUUACAAAUUGGUUUCCAUUUGUCAGCGACUGUUACACUCAGUAUGACUAGAGCUCAAUACAAUGUAGCAGUUACAUUUGACAGACAAAAGAUAUCUUCUUGCAAUUGCACUUGCUCAUCGUCAGCUCAUUGGUGUUCUCAUAUUGUUGCUGUAUGCCUUUACAGAAUACAUUUGCCAACACAAGUUUGUCUACGAGCACCCGUAUCAGAGUCGCUACAGAGAUUGCGAAGAGAUCAGCUUCAGAAAUUUGCACAAUACCUCAUAUCGGAGUUACCACGUCAAGUUUUACCUACUGCUCAAAGGAUUUUAGAUGAGUUGCUUUCGGCACAACCUAAUCAGAUUAAUACUACAUGCGGGGCGCCAGAUCCUACUGCUGGUGCAUCUGCCUAUGAAUAUACAUCUUGGUUCCUUGAUGAAAAGACAUUACAUAAUAAUAUCAACAAAAUAUUAGUCAAGUUUUGCGUUCCAGCGCCAAUUGUAUUUAGCGAUGUGAAUUAUCUAAGUACGAGUGCCCCUCCAGCCGCCGCAGAAUGGUCAUCACUACUGCGACCACUCCGUGGAAGAGAGCCUGAAGGAAUGUGGAAUUUGCUGUCUAUUGUGCGUGAAAUGUUUAAACGAAGCGACCGGAAUGCUAUACCACUGCUUGAAAUUAUUACUGAAGAAGUGAUGGCUUGCGAGCAGAUAAUAGUGUGGUGGUACGGCACGAAGGCGGCGCUGGUGGCGUGGGGCGGCGGCGGCAAGCACGGCGCUGCGGGCAACUCCGCCGCGCAGCACGCCUGCUCCUCGCUCUGCGAUGAGGUGGUAGUAUUGUGGCGUUUGGCGGCAUUAAAUCCGGGUCUGGCCCCACAUGAACGUGACACAUUACACGAACAAUUUGCCCAAUGGCACACCAAAGUGCUUGAAAAGGUGGCGAAGAACCGCAGCAACCACAUCAACACGUCAUCGCACCCGCGCCAUUCUCGAGCCCACUCGCAUCCUCCCUAUAUCAACGGCAUCAGCGAGAACGAGGUUUUCCCCGGCUUCCAACCCGCUAUAGAAGCUUGCUUCCUUGAAUGGGACGACUACCAAGUACCCGGAGUCACGUAUACUAAGGACCUCAACCCGCUCUACCAUAGUCCUUUCACUAUAUUCCGUCACACAGAUAAGAGUGACAGCGUUCAUCAGGUCAACUCCUCAAAAGCUGUGUUAAAUAAUGAGAUGUCUCUGAGUUAUCGUUUAACAAAUCCAGAUCCGUCGCAUAUAAGUCAUCGCAAAUUGCUUCAUAGAAACAACCGUGUGACCAUUGAUAUAGCUAUCCCUGGACCAUCCAGUCAGCCUUGUGGAUCUGGCGAGGGGCGUAGUGAUGCAUUGGUACGCGAUUCUGGUCCAAGUGAUGGUAAUCAUUCCAGUGUAUCAUCUGAAGGUUUCUGUGAAAACGAAGAGGAGAUCCUGCAGCAGAGCGGAGGCGACACGGACUCGCAGGAGUCGAGCUCGGCGGGCGCGUCCUCGGACGAAGUGCGGCGCGUCUCUCACGACGACUCGGUGUCUGACGAUGACUGCAACCUCUACUACUACGACGCGAGCGCCGCCCGGCGCGUCGCUGUCGACAGUGGCUCCAACCAGAACCUACAUGCGAGUGGCAGCGGCAGUGGAGGUCGCGGCGGUUCAAGCUCGUUCGCUAACUGGGGCUGUGGUUGGGAGGUGUCGUUCGCUCGCGCGGAGGGGCUCCACGCGCACGGGCACGCUCGCGAGGCGUGCGCACUCGGGGCUCGCCUCGCCGCCGAACUGCUCGCUAGCCCGCCUGCGCUCGUUAUUGAAAUCGCGGCGGCGGAGGCGCGGCGCGCGCGGCGCCGCCACGCGCCGUCGCCGCGCCUGUGCGCCGCCAGCCACCGCCUGUCCUGCCUCGCCUCCGCCACGCUCGCCAAGUGCGCCUUCCUCUGCACAGUGCUAGCAGAAUUCAGCGAACAUCAUGAACUGGCUUUCCGAGUUGGACUUUACGCCUUAGAAAUGGCGCGACCUCCUGCCAGUACUAAAGCUCUUGAAGUGAAGCUUAAUAACCAGGAAACGGAACUUGUUGCUUUACUGAAAAAGCUUCCUACUGGUGUAGAACAGUUAGUUCUAGCCAGAGAAAAGGCUGAACAGUUGCGUGAUGGCACUUUAAGAAAUCGUGGCCCAGCCUUGCUACCUAUAGCAUUAGCAAGCUUCUUGUUUGAUGUACUUGUUUUAUCAGCUACUGAUAAGGAAAAUAAACAUCCUGCAAGAUUGCCAUCAGAUGAAAUGUUAGGUUUUGAAGCUGCUGUAGCAGCUUUAGGACUAAAGGCGAAUGUUUCCGAAGCGGACCACCCAUUACUUUGUGAGGGAACACGAAGACAACGUGGGGAAUUGGCAAUUACUUUGUUAUCAUUCUACAAGGAUGAUCCAGUGAAAUUAGCUCGAAUUAUGAACAAGCUAUUGGACCGUGAAAUUCAUCAACUAACAAAAAGCCCGAUGGUUAGCAUGUACUACACGAACAAUCCGCGUCUUGCUGCAUAUCGGUCUGACGUCGCUCUAUACAAUCAUCAAGCCCAUCCAGUCCAUGCGCAGCAUUCUACACCAGUUAUACAACAAUCUGCCCCAGCGUGUCCACUAGUAGCGGAUAUGGAGCGGCUGGCGGUGGCGGAGGGCGGCCCGUCCCCGCCCGCGCCGCACGCGCCGCACGUGUCGCACCAGACACACGCAUCGCACGCACCGCACGCGUCGCACCAGACGCACGCACCGCACGCGUCGCAUCAGACGCACGCUCCUCCCCACCAGGCGCUACCCAGGCUUAAGGACUCUAGAUAUAAAGGCAAGCGUUUGUAUCCGUCUGUACCCAAUCAACCUUCAGAAGCUUCAGCCCACUUCAUGUUUGAGUUGGCUAAAUCUGUGCUUUUCAAGGCCGGCGGUUCGUCCAGUACAAGUCUUUUCACACAAACUUCAUGUGCAAGAGAACAUCACGGUCCACACAGAGGAUUACAUAUGGCUGCUUUCCAGUUGGGUCUUUAUGCCUUAGGGCUUCACAACUGUGUCAGCGCAAACUGGCUCAGUCGCACAUACUCUUCACAUGUCAGCUGGAUCACAGGCCAAGCAAUGGAUAUUGGAGCACCUGCAAUUUUGUUCCUGAUAGAUGCCUGGGAGGGUCAUCUCACACCUCCAGAAGCCGCCGGUAUAGCAGAUAAGGCGUCGUCGGGCUGCGACGUGCACAUGGUGCGCGCGGCGGCCGAGCUGGCGCUGUCGGUGCUGCCGCACGCGCACGCGCUCAACUACAACGAGAUCCAGCGCGCCGUGCUGCAGUGCAAGGAGCAGAGCGACGCCAUGCUGGAGCGCGCCUGCCUCACCGUCGAGGCGGCCGCCAAAGGCGGCGGCGUAUAUCCAGAAGUACUGUAUACGGUGGCUCGCUACUGGCAUGAGCUGUACCUGCGGCAGGCGAGUGAGGAGGACACACUGGACGAGCCGGCGUACCGCGCCCCGCCACCGCUUGCCGUGCCGCUGCCCUACCCGCUGGCCUACCCUUUCGCGUACCAUCCCUACCCUCCGCCCAUCUACCAGCUGCAAGUUACUCACCCGCCUCAGUUCGGGGGCGCGGCAGCAGCGCACCCGGGCGCGCAGUACGCCCUGCAGCCGUACUUCGUGCGCGGCAUCGUGGCGCCGCCGCACGCGCACCCACCGCACCACCCGCAGCACGCGCAGCACGCGCCGCUGCCGCAGCACGUGCAGCACUCGCACGCGCAGGCCAUAGCCGUCAGUGAAAAUGUUGUAUUCCAGCAACACCCAGCUCCCAUUCCUCCGUCGAUGCCAGCGGGUCACGCGAUGCCCGCGCCGGGCGUCACAGUGGGUAGUGUGGGCGCAGUGGGAACGGUGACAACCGUCAGUGGAGUGAGCGCGGUCAGCGGAGUCAGUGCGACCGUGGGGGCCAGCGGCGUGGGGCCGCCCGCCCUGCCGCCGGCGCAGCUGCGGAGGCUGCUGGCCGCCUACCGCGUGGGCAUGUUGGCGCUGGAGACUCAGGCGAGGCGCGUGCACGAUGACCGUCCUCAAAAUAAAUUCGGAAGAAACCCGCCAUACGGCGAGCACGUCAAGUGGCUGCUGCGCAUAUCGAAGCGUCUGGGCGCGCAGUACCUGCACCAGUUCUGCGUGUGCGCGGUGAACUCGGUGGUGUCGCCCUUCGUGCUGUACGAGCUGUGCGUGGAGUCCGCCCACUGGCUGGCGCGAGGCGGGCCUCACCACCUGGUCAUGCAGCACUUGAGGGGCACACUAGCGCCUCUCGUGCACAAGUGCCAGCAGAUGUACAUUCAAUGCAUACAUCAGAAGUUGUAUCACUUGACGUCGGUGGAAUACGAAGAGUUUGUAGGCAUCGUUCUGUCUGCACGCACUGCCUUUCAACUCACACCCGAGGGUAACACACAGUUCAAGGAAUGGCUCUCUACUCUACGCAGAUCCAAGUCGUGCAAGAAGGACCUGUGGACGCAGCUGAACGUGGCGCUGCAGACGAACGGCAAAUGA